AUGGAGGCAUCCAACGGAUCCGAUGGAUCCGACAUGUCUCUUUCCUCACAACCCUAUCCGACCGUCUACACUGAUCACUCUCUUCUCAACUCUUCUCGCCGUGUCAGCCGCUAUCCCAAGCCCGUGACGUCAACAUACAUACUUGAUUCUUGGAAAUUGAACAAGAUCUUAGAAUAUCCAGAUCAUGGAAAGUUCUUCAUCACUUAUUUCCAUUAUUCGGUUAUAAUCCAUUGUCAAUACCAGAACUGCGAGUAUGGCUCCUUGGAAGCAGGUCUCAGGAUGCUUCCUUUCGACGCUAAGAGUGAAGCUCUAUACGACGCCUUGCAGUAUCAUCUACAAAAUAUUGAAUUCGGCGCAGUUACCUUUCUCACGUUGAAAACCAUCGGAGGUACACUGGAAGUUCAAGUCAAAUCAUUGCACGAGAGAUCUGAUAUCAACUGGAAUAUCCUUGAGGAAUCCCCGAGUGUCUCUUCAAGAGGGGGCGACUUGUACCAAAGACACAAAGAAGAAAGCCGCCGGGAAGGGUUUCAUGAGAUUGAUCUUCGAACCAUUGAUCCCGAGACUUUGAGUUGCCCUAGUCUGGCUUCAGAAACUCCGACUACAUUGCGGCGCGAAAUUGCAGAAAAAUGUCCUCGAUCCGAAGCUAAGCCGACCAUGGUUGACGAUAACUUUGGUGCCAUCAGACAGAAGAACGAGUCCGCACCAAAGGCACUUACGUGUAGCACUAGUCAGAAGGGCUUUGCGUCUCGCAGCGAAAUUGCGCGACAUAAGCUAAUUCACAGCGGCAUCAAACCACAUGCUUGUGAUUUCGAAGGCUGCGGGAAGCGAUUCACCCGGAGACCUAAUUUGACUAUCCACAUGCGAGUGCAUACCGGAGAGAAGCCUUAUAUGUGCGAGCGAUGUAGCAAGGUCAACUUCAUGGAUAUCGAGUCGCUAUUAUUGGACCCGAACCAGUCAGAAGGGUCGCCCGGGCAAGAUUCUACUACUAUCGACAUAGACUCAACUGCAACUGGGAACUACCACGAGGUCGUUCAAGUGUCCGAGGAAUCUAUCGACUCUCAGGCAACAGACCAGAGAUUUUCCUACGAACAGCUGUUGCUGAUUCUCUCUUGCUUGUAUGUAACCACAGGAGAUCACUAUCGCACUGGUGACGAGCGACCACUAGAUGAUAUCAUUCAACGGCAACCAGAAACUUGGACGCAAACGCUGAACAAAGAAAGCUGGAAAAGUGUUUAUCAUGCUUUCAAUUCUAUAUCCUCGACAAAGGUUGCGUCUAAGGAGUUGAAGCUAUGGAGGAACAUUAUUCUCAGCAAGCUACAGCGCCUGCCAGAUCAAAGUAUCCCUCCAAUAAUACCAGAACAAUUGGACUGGGACUGGGAGCGCAGUGCUCAUCUUGUUUGCCUUCAUUAUGGAGUUUCAUCUGCAGAUCCGGAUAUGUCGAAAUUUUGGGACGAAGAGCGAUUUGCCAGGCUUACCGAGAAGCUCAGCGGCUCUGCCAUGUUCCCGAACUCUCUUACUCUGGGGGAACUCAAGUCAGCGGUGAACAGCCUAGCAUUGCUGCUCGGCAAACCAACUGAGCUAAAUCCAAGUCUAUUUACGCUGAUGAUUCCGAGGGAUCGCACGAAGCGAUCUGCAGAGGGGGACUUAGGUGGGCGGAAUGCCAUAACCUCAAGGAUGAGACCUUUACUCGAUGGAAGGGUCUUGACAAGAGAUGAUAUUAGGUGA